AUGGCUGAAAAAAUAGACGAAGAAUCUUCUGAAAGCGACAGUGCGGAUGAGUUCAGCAGCUCUGGAGAAGAUGAAAAUGUACAACGUCGAUCGCCUGAGCUAGAUGGUAUCAUAAACACAAUUUGUGAAUUGAUUGAAGAAAACAAGCAAGAUGAGGCAAAUAAGCGUACACUGGACACCUAUGAACGUUUGAAGAGUUCCUACAAUUCCGAAAAUGAUAGGCAAUACCUUGAUUACUCUUACUAUCUGGAACUCUGCUCGAAGAAGUUUAGAGAGGAUAUUUCAAAGGAGGCAGUAAGGAUACAAAUAAUGGCAGAUCUUCAUCAACAGAAAACAGGUGGCAGUGAAUAUAACCUAGCCUACGUGUGUAUUCACAGAAGCCUGCUGGAAACAUUCCAAACACUACUUCAGAAUCACCAAGCAACCCAGGACAGAAGUAAUCCUGAAAGUGUGCCAGUGUUGGAAACCUGGGCUAUGGCUCUGAAAAGGGAGGGAAAGCUGGAUGCCGCGCUAAAGAAGACGAAAGAUGCAAUGUCAUUUGUUAAGAAUAGCAAAAGAAAAGAGGACAUAAAAAGAACACAUACUAAUCACAGUAGAAGGAGGCCAAAAUCAAGGUUACCUCUUAUUGCAUCAAUCAUAGAGGAUUUGAACUGGGGGUUAAAAGAUACCGGAACAAAACCAAUUCCAGAACCACGUUGGUUCCAUUGUAAAAGUGAACGAAAGAAAAAGGAGAGACGAAAAACUAGACGUUUACGACAGUCAAAGCAAGUAAUUGAAAAUUCGGUUCCAUCAGAGGUUGAUGAGCAGAUUUCAAUCGAAAAUGAAUACGAUGAAGAGGAGGAUAAAGAAUUCGACAGUGAACUUCCAGUCAAAUCUUUCUUUGAUGAAAGUGUGAAAUUGCUCUGCAAUGAAACCGUAGGAGGAAGUAAUGAACACGACUUCAUUCUAAAUGACAUGGAUUUAUCGGAUUCUUUUGUUGAAUCACUAAUCAAGAGAAACGAAAGAAAAACUGUUUAUAACGAAAACUUGCCAAUUCAGGAAUUGCAAAUCUUGCUGAAAAGUCAGCCAAAAUGGUACAAACGAUGCACUCUUCAAAUACAAUCAGCACAUGAGUCGGUUUGUUCAUUGAUUAAACCAGAACGGAAUUUGACUGAAAUUAAAAUCAGUGGCCGUUCAAGGUGCGGAAAAAACUUUACGGAAGAUGAAGUAGUUGUGAAAAUCAUAUCAAAUAGCUCACCGCAAACCAAAAUGAGCGACCAUAAGGAAACAGCGACAUACGGUCAGGUUGUUGGUAGAUUGAAGAGAAAUCGGUAUGCCGAAUUUAAACAUCCAGUUAUAGUUUGCGAGCUUGAUCAUAACGAAUAUCACAAAAUGCGACCUCUAAAUAAAGUUGUGCCGAAAAUUCAUCUUUAUAAAAAUAACCGGAAAAAUCGCAGAGAAGAAAACUUGUUCCAAAUUGACGUUUUUAACUAUGAUGCGAAAAGUAAGAAUUUACAAUUCAAGAAAUCUUUUGAAAUCAACCCUGCGAAAAAGCUGAGUUACGCAUUCCUGGUGGUUUACCUAAGCUGGGACGAUGUAUACCCACUUGGAGCAGUAAUCAAAGUUAUUGAAACAGACAGUAAAUUAAGCAGUGGCUUACACCUUCUAGAGAUAAAGCACCAGGUUCCAACCAAGUACAGGCCUAAUACAGUAAAAGAUGUUCAAUGUUUGAUAGAAGAGAAAAAACAGGGGAAAGUGGAGCUUAAAGACGAAGGAUCAGCAUCAAUACACGUGUUCACCAUUGAUCCUGAACAUUCAAAAGAUUUGGACGAUGCACUCAGUGUUGAAACGCUACAAACUGGAGAAUUUGAAGUUGGAAUUCAUAUAUCAGAUGUCGCCAACUACGUUCGCAAAGGGGAUAGCAUAGACGAAGAGGCACGCAUCAGAGCUAUGUCAUUCUACCAGGGACAAGGUAAACAGUCAUACCACAUGUUACCGGAACCCCUCAGUCAAAAUCAUUGUAGCUUGCUACCGGAUGAACACAGGCGCGCAUUAUCAACUUUUUUUCGUUUCAGUCCUGAUGGAGUUCUGAAAGAUGGACCCCCAAAUAUAAAGAAAACCUGGGUGAAAUCAGGGCGAAGAUUUACAUACGAGGACGUUCACCAUGUGUUGAGAAAUGACAACGAUUGUAACAUUUUUUCUUCUGAAAUUAGAACGUUACAUAAAAUAUCAAAAAAUCUUAGAAGCAGUCGUCUAGGUGAUUCCAAGAUCAGCAAAGAUUUUGUUCGCGUUGAUGACAAGGACCUUGAUUCAGCAUUUGACGACCAAGAAGCACACAAUCUUGUUGAAGAAUUUAUGAUUCUCACCAACAAAACGGUCGCUCAAUUUGUGUGUUCAAAAUUUCCCAAUUUUGCAAUUUUAAGAUGCCAUGAUGUUCCUACAAAGGAGAGGGUACAAAAAUGGUUACGUAAAUAUCCACUGAUAUCAAAUUUGAUCAUGCGGCUUCAAAAUACUGAAAUCCCGAAUCUGCAGCAAACACUAGGAAUGUUAAGCAUUAAGAAAAAGGAUCUGAAUACACCAAUCAAAAUCCAACAAUGGGUAUGGUCGUUUCUUGAACAGUGCGCAAAUGAAAAAAACUUUCGAAAAGCAUGUGAGAUCGCUGGAUGCGACGACCUUCAUCCGGAACAAGCUCUUGCUUUGCGCGAGUGGAAGUCAUUUCAAGAGGAAGCCAAGUACAAGUGUCAUGAAGCAUCGAAGAAUAGAGGGAAAUCGUAUCAUUUUGCCUUGCGCAUACCGGAUUAUAUACAUUUCACAUCACCGAUCCGUCGAUAUGCAGAUCUUGUGAACCAUCGUUUUGUCCAUGCUGCUCUUGACAAUGAGAAAGACCCACCUUACAAAAGGUCUGAAAUAGAAGACAUUUGUCUUCACCUCAACCAGGUAUCCAAACGAAAAAAUCUUUUUGAACAGCAAUGCAAAGCUUUGAUUGAUGGCCAUUCACUUCGGAAAAAUCCCACAGUCUGCAAUGGCUAUAUAGAAGAAACAGCAACUGACAAAAUAACACUAUUUUUCCCCGAGAAAAAGUCCAUGACAGAAAGGAACAAAGAAAUUCAUCUCAAGCUGCUUAGAGUAUCAUGCCAACCUGAGAUAAGAAACGAUAUCCUAUCAUUGACUUGGCAUAAACGAAUAUAUUCCCAAAAAGAGGUGGAGCGGUUAAUCAUCAAUAGCAGAGAUGUCCGCCGCAUUGAUCCUCAUCAAAGGGUGUCUUUUCAACAGCUUUCCCGGUGGAGAGAUGUCCUUAAAGCCUGCGUCGACCAGGAUUCAAAUAAAUUUGAGAACAAAAUGUCUGUAAAUGCUUGUUAUAAUAAGAAUGAGAAAAUUAGAAAAUCUGUUCCGACUUGUACCAAAACUGAAAGUGACGUUAGUUGCGAAAACAUGGAAGGAGCACUUCUAUCAAACUCUUGUAAAUUCAGCAUGUCAUUUAGUCAUGCUCAAAUUUUGACGGUACAGUUUGGAGCAGAUACAAAUAAAGGUGUUCUCGAACCUUCUCCACAAAUUCUAGAACUCACAAACAAUGUGAAAUUUUGUCUGAUGCAUACCAAAGAUCCUGUGAAAUACCUUGCUGAAUAUGCAACAAAAGCCGCUGACAGACGUAAAUGCGACACUGUUGAAGCUUACUGUGAAACAUGGCUGCCUUUACUCAGGAUGGAAGCUGUAACAACAGCAGUAAGAACUGACUCCACAACAAUCACUGACGUUCCAAUCGAACUGCAUGAUGAUGGUGGGACAUUCAAUUUGUCCAUUGCCUUCUGUGAAGAUAGGCAUAUCGAAUUCAGCAAUGCGUCAGUGAUUGAAAAUCUUUUAAAUGAAGAAAGUAGAGAAAAUUCUAACGCCCAUAAAGAAUUUUUCGCAAGCUCAGAUUUCCUUUGUUUCAAAUGUUCGUAUGAUGUUUCCACACCAUUUCCGAAAGGACACCCUGAAAGGCGACGGAUAUGGAUAGCGCAUGGUCACGUUGAAACCGUACGCAAAAUCAAGGAACAUGAUAUAUUAGAGAUUCGUUUUCAGCUACAUCCAUCAAGUUCUCGGCCGCCACGACACAUAAGAAAUGCCAGGGAUAAGCCAAACUGCAAUGUUGAGAUACUGACUAAUCCUGUGUCAAUCAGACGACAAGAAGAGGUCCUGCAGUGUCUCAAAACCGCAAAUAGUUUGGCAAAGGAAAUAGCGCUUGGAAAAGACAUUCCGCCUUUAAAUGAUGAACAAAUGAAGUCAACAGAUGUCGAAGUUGAUGGUCUUGCACUAAACAACGAACAGCAAAAUAAGGCGAUAUUGGCCUCUCUAUCCCAACAGUUCACCCUAAUACAGGGUCCUCCAGGGACGGGCAAGACGAACACGUGCGUGAAGCUGUUAUAUCUCUUCACACAAAUCAACAGAAAGAACACACACGAAAGCAACGCCUUGAAACAAAUAGUCGUCUGCGGUCCUUCUAACAAAUCUGUGGAUCACAUUGCCAAGAUGACAAUAGAGAAACUUGGUGAAAAGAGGCCAAAAUUAAUCAGGAUGUAUGCUUCGGCAUUUGAAUGUUGCGAUUACGCCAUUCCGGGUAAAGCACAUUCAACUGGACAAGAUAAACAACCAGAUAAAAGCCUGAAAGGUAUAUCGCUCCAUCACCUGAUCCGAAACAACGACAAGCCGUCUGCUAAGAAGAUCAGAGAAUUUGACGCAUAUUGUCGUAAAGUCCGUGAUUUAUCGACAAUCAAAAAUGCAAAAGAGGCUGUAGAGUUUAAAGCGAAAAUGAAGGAAUUUAAAGCACUGAAAAACCACGCUAAAGUUGAAGAAAUCCGACAAUGUGAAGUCAUUUUUUGUACAACUGCCAUGACGACAAAUCCAACAUUCAUCCGCGCAACAAAGAACAAUAUAAGACAAUGUAUCAUUGACGAAAGCGCAAUGUGUACGGAACCGGAUUGUCUUGCUGCCAUUAUAACUACACAACCACAGCAAGUGGUUCUUAUCGGAGACCACAAACAACUCAGACCUGUGAUCAUGUGUAACGACGCAAUCCUUGGCCUUGAGAAAUCUCUCUUUGAGCGAUAUGCAAAAGAAGCAAUCAUUCUCAACCGACAAUACCGAAUGCAUCCUUCAAUAUGCGAGUUGGUAUCGUCUCAGUUUUAUGGAGGAGAUUUAGAGACCGUUCUGCCAUCCGAACGGAAAGUGCAACCUUCGCUACGAUUGUGGAAAGACCCACAAUAUCCUUACAUAUUUUUGCAUGUAGAGGGUGAGGAAGAAUACCUUUCUGUCUCGACAGAGGAAGGGAACGAAAACUCCUGUCGGAAUCAGAUGGAGGUUGAGAAGGUGGUAUAUAUUUUUAAUCAAAUGGUGAAGAGUGAGAGGGUGCCUCCAGACGACAUCAACAUCAUGUCCCAAUACAGAGCCCAGUGUAACACUAUCAAAAAGUCUUUGGAGAAAAGCAGAAUUUUGAACUUCAACGUGAACACUGUAGUGUCAAGUCAAGGUGGAGAAUGGGAUUACGUCAUUUUCAGCACUACAAGAUCGUUACCAGACUUUAAGAUUGAACCCAAACCGACCCUCGGCUGGCAAAUAAAGAAUCUGGGCUUUAUCAGUGAUGAACAUCAGAUUAACGUGGCACUCUCUAGGGCCCGCAAAGGACUGGUCAUCAUAGGAAACAAAAACCUUUUGAAAGUAAAUAAGGUCUGGGGAAAACUUCUUAAAAUUUUUGAGAAAAAUGGAUGCGUCAUUUAG